UUCGAACCUGCUCAAGUUGCCACCGCAUUAGCGGGGCUAGUAAGAAAGUUACAGAUGGAGCCUGCCUCUAGCGUGGAAGGGGAACCCCAUCUCAGACAUGUUGAGAAGGACAUUUUGAUUCCCAAAAUCAUGAGAGAGAAGGCCAGAGAGCUGUGUUCAGAAAAAGUGGAUGCCUUUACCAAAUGUUGUAAAGAAACGGGGUUUCUGAUGGUGGUAAAAUGCAGAGAAGAAAAUGCAGCCCUGAAAGAAUGUCUCACCGCCUACUACACCAAUCCAGCAUUUUAUGAAGAAUGCAAGGCUCAAUAUUUAAAGCAAAGGGAAGAUUUCAGAACAAAAGGAAUCCGUCCUGCUCAGAAGGAUCGGAGACUUCCUACUAGUAUGUAGCCAACUUUUAGGUGUUUGGCAGUAUUUUUUUAACCUGAACUACAUAUGCCUUUAAAUGAUGGAAUAAUUUAAUAAAAUACUCUUUUCAACCUGAUCCACUUGAAAUGGAGCAUCAAAGUAUGGCCUAUUGCAUGAAUUCAGAAGUGCUGACACUUUAUAAUAUGCAGCAUCCUGAGAAAUUACUAUAAAUUGAGCUUCAGCUGCUGAUUACAGUAACCUGCUUCAUGUUACACAUGUGAAUAUUAGACAUCAACUGGAGAGCUGUUCCUUCUGUACACAAUUUCCUGCCUGAAUUAGACAACCUUCCAUAUAGGGAGCCUGUUGCAGAACAGCUCAUUUCUGUAAAUAAACAUGCUUUUCUAUAACUUGUUAAUGUACUAAAUCUGGCAAGACUGAGCCCCAGGCAAUAGAAAUCUAGCUGUGUUGUGCAUCUUUUGGGUAAUGUUACUGGAGAAGAAAAUCCAUAUUUAACUUUAAGGGCAGCAUAAUGUAGAAGUGACCAAUUCUGGUACUUUCUUCCUAAAGAGGAAACUGAGAAGUUUCUUUUUAAAUUAGAGUGGGUUACCAGACUAAGGAUCAAAAGUAGGAGGGACUUUUUUACUUGAUUGAAGAGGUGGAAGGUGCUUCUCUGAUUCUGACCUUCGUUCUGUGUUCCUCACCUGGGACACGUUUCAGUGAGGUUAUUCUGCUUUGAGGCAAGAAUUCUUUUGAAUACAGAAAGCUCCCUCCUACAGAAAACUGAACAGGGAGAAGUGUUCCAGCUGGCAAUCUCCUUGAAAAUUGCUUGAGCUUCAAUUUUUUACUUAUUUGUUUUGGAGGAGCAUUCAGACAGCUGAGCCUUAACUUGUAGUCUUGGCUAAUGCAACUGUGUCUUAGGUUUAACAGGCUGUCAUGGAGAUCUACUUGCUGUACCUAGUCUACCCCACUGUUUCUGUCCCUGUUUUUAUGAAGGGAAUGUAACAAACACUGUUACAAUUGAGUAGGCUGUAGCUGUUGGCCCCGCUCUUCUCCUAAUGGAGUAUUCUUAUCCUUAAAAAGACGACAUGAACCACCCUGAGAAACAAUGAGAUACAAGUAUACCAUUUAAGACACUCCUGCACCAUGCAAGGACCACUGCAGCUCUUUUUGGUAGCUGUCUGAGGGAAUUUAGUCCUUUCCUGCCUCCUUGUGGAAACAUCUAAAGCAUCAUCCAGAAGAAUGGCAUGGUCACACACCACCUUAUGUGUCCCUCACCACUUCAGAGGCAGCUGACGGACUCAGCCCUAGUUUUUGCCACUGCCAGCUAGCCACAGAAUUAUCAAACUAAGUCUGAAUUAGUAGGGAAGUAAAUGCCUUGUGUAGUCUACUGGUGAGAAUCAUAGCUAAUGCUGUGGGUAGGAGAGGAGGAGGAAUGCAGGUAGAAAGAGAUAUGGUGGUUCGGACACAGAUGAUGGCAGGCUUUCUAAUACUUUCCUUUU